GUAUCAAGAAGCCAAACCUCAUUAUAGGAAUAGAUUCAAUGAACUCAUUGAGGCAAGGCAUAGUUAUCAUUUAUAUCAGGCAUUUAGUAUUAUUGAGGGGUAAAGGAAUUGGUGUUGAAAAGGAUAAAUCCAUGGAGGAAGGAAAUACCAAUG